CAGUUCGUCAACCACCUCGGUAGCUUGCUGGCCAAAAUAGCCGAAAGAUUCAAGCUAUUUAUACGCUUUCGGUGUAUAUUAGCUACUGUGUUUGAGACACACUUCUGUCGUAUCUACUUGUUAACCUAUUUAAUUUAAUAUUACAUUAUUUUGUAUUAGUCAGCUAUAGUAGCUGGCUGGUUAAGUUAGCACUAGCCUAGUUGCUACUGCUAGCUAGCUAACAUCCCCGAACAUGAGCUCCCUAAACUACUCCCCUCCUGUUAAAGAAGAGGGGGUCCGCUGGACGGAGAAAGAAGCUCUGGGACUGAACAUUGUCGUGAAAGAGGAGAAGGAAGAGGAGGAUGUCACAGUAAAACAAGAAGUCGAGGCUGAGGCUGUUACAGUGAAAGAAGAGAAAGAUGUUUCAGUGAAAGAAGAGGAAGACUCGUUCAGAGUGAAAGAGGAAGAGGAUGUCACAGUAAAAGAAGAGGAGGAAGACAAAGAGGAUGCAGUUUUUGGAGUGAAGAAGGAAGGGGAGAUUACUGUCACAUUGAAAGACGAAGAGGUGGAGAUAGGAGAUCUGAUUAACACCAGUAAGUACCGCAUUCAAUUUGUUGCUACCCCUUGUUUUCUCCGUUCCGUUUCCAACAAGUGACUUAACAUAUAUAUU